ACCGCACUGACCGUGUGUAAAGGCACCUUUAAUCAAGAGACGCCAUGUUUGUCACGUUUUUGAUGGUAAAGUGUUGAGCUUGAGUUUAAAAUUGUGAUGUGAGUAGUAGCUAAAAAUCAAUUUAUCCUAUCACCACGUCUCAAAAAUAUUUUAAAGUUGUUAUCAAGAUGAGUGGAGUUUCAAGGAAAAGAUCUCGGCCUUCGGCUGAAGACGCUAAUAAUUCGUUUGUCAUGUCUGUAACGUCUAAAGUGACGGGCCUGUUGCCGGCGACGAUUACCAAAUGGUUCAGCGGGUCGAGCCAGACCAACAGCAAUGGCUCCGCACCCACUGCGGAGGUCACAGACUCCUCGUCUGAGGACGAACCAGAGAUGGCUAGCCCCAUCACGCAGCCACCACAGAAACGAACAAGAUUCAACACUCCAAAUCAUUACAACACCAGUGAGGCAAACUGUGUGACUUUCAAUAAUGAGGCAACAGAGCCAUCAUUCAACACUGGGCUAGGACAAUCCCCUCUUAGAAAGUUUCCAAGAGAUCCGAACUUAGUAUCAACUCCUUUCCGGCAUCCAAACACUUCAAAUGAAGAAGCUCCAGCUGACAGGAGUGAACGGGACACCAAUAUGUCACCUUCAUUCUCAUAUUCAACUAUGGGCCCCCCUGUGGUGAACAAGCGGAAAUCAUUAUUUAACAUACCAACAAAUAAGGAUGAAUCCAUAAAGGCAAAGCCAAUUCACAACACCAUUGUGGAUGCAAAACAGCCAUGCUUCAAACCCAGUCUUUUGGUAUCUCCUUUUUACCCCAGCAGAACCACAUAUGGUGGCGCUUCAAGUCAGUAUAUAAACCGACCAAAUAUAAAGCAAAGGAAAGGGGCCUAUGUAAAUGAAUUGAAUAGCAAUGACAGUACGGCUAUGAGCCAAUCAGCCAAACGUGUAAUGGACCUUCUGGAGGACUACUCGUCGCCUAUCAUGGAAGCAAAGAGGAUACCACAUUACAAUAGAAGUGAUUCUAUAGCAAGUAGCUCGCCGUCAUCGAGCAACAGCAACAAAUCUAUAUCUUACAAAACGACAGAGUUGCAUGCACCGAACAUCGCGUCUAUUCUGCGAUUGAAACAGAAGUCGCGUCUCAUGAACACGACGAACGCGGCGCGUCAAAUCAUAGCGUCGCAUAGUAGUGCGUGCCACUAUUCUCCCUACACAUUAAAUCCAAAUAGAAGUUCACAAGUUGAUGUUGAAUCACGGUCCAAGAGCACCACAACUGAUGCGCUGCCUUCAAGUGGAAUUGACAAAGAAACCACGGCUACAUUGCCACCAGUGAGCCUGCCGACAGUGGUUCUGCAAAUAAGCAAAGACAAUUUACCUAAAUUCACAUUUGGCACAAACUUGCCGAAUCCAGAAGCUUCCUCUACUCCGAAACCAAUCAACAAAAUGGACAAACCCACUCCUACUGUUUCCGAAUCUCCUGUUAAGCCUGCGGAACCAAAAACGAUAAUAAGCAAACCGGAACCUUCAAUAAGUAAGCCUGUAGUAGACAUUGGUAGUAAUUUCAAGUUUUCCUCUCCUGCCAAGAUAUCUUUUACAGUCGCGUCUUCUCAAGCUACGGCUGCUCCCUCUAAAUACACUUUCGGUAGUCCCGAGCGCAAUAUAGACAAAGGAAAUAAGGAAACUGACAAAUCUGUUUGUAUUGUAGGUGAAAAAGAUGUACAGAUGGAAGUCUCCAAGCCUAAGGAUUGGGAAUGUUCCGAUUGUUGGGUUAAGAAUAAGCCAGAUGUUGAUAAAUGUGUGUGUUGCGGUGGCAAGAAGCCCAUUGAAGGCAAAAAGAUUCCUAAAUGCUCCAUUUGCAAGUUAAAGGAUAGUGAACCACAAAGCAAUAAGUGCACAACUUGCCUAAGCAAAGCAUGGACUAGUGGCUCCAAUUUGAACAACACAUCUCUGGUUAACUCAGUGAAAUCUUCAAAAUGGAAGUGCAAUGACUGUUGGGCAGAAAAUGAAGAGGAUAAAGAGAAAUGUGCUUGCUGUGGGUGGAAAAAUCCUAAUAAGAGUUCUCAGAGCUCCUCAGCAGCUCCUAUAAAGGCAGUUGCAGAUAGUGACUGGACCUGUGCUGAUUGCUGGAUCAAAAACAAAAGCAGCGUAGAGAAAUGUGCGGCUUGCGGCGGAGCCAAACCAGGCUCCAAGCAGAAUGCGUCCGCAUUACCAGCAAGUCUACUUGGCAGUAAUUCCAAGCCUCUUGUAUCAUCACAAAGUAACAAAUGGGAGUGCACGAGUUGCCUCGUCAGGAACGAUAAUGACAAAGUGAAGUGUGUUUGUUGUGAAUCUGAAAGGCCUGGAGCAGAAAAGAACACAAUCAAGACUACAUUCAAUUUUGGUACAGUUAAUAAUACAUUUAAAUUCGGAAUUGAUCCUAAAGUCCAAGAAGCUAAUUUGGCCAAAGCGCCAGCGAUAAAACCAUUGGACACCAAAGUUUCGGAAUCAGAGACUAAUAAUAAUGUAUUGUCAAAGGCUCCUCCGACAUUUUCGUUUGGAAUACCUGCCAAAAAGCCAGAAGAUCAAAUAGACAGUGUAAAAAAUAUAACUCCAGCACCUGUUGUUGAUUCUCCACUUGUUGUACAAAAGACUUCAGCACUUACAGUCCCUGACUUUACUGCGAAGAAAUCUGAAAUAAAACAAGACGAUGAAAAACCACAGGAGGUACCAAAAGUAGAAUUUUCUCUCCCAGCUCCAACAUCGAAGCCAGAAUCUAAGCUAGAACCAAAGCCGUUUGGCGCCAUGAUAAGUGCUUCUCCUUUGGUUUCAACACCAAAUAUUACGUUGUAUUCUCCGCCCACUACAACGCCUUGUCUACUGAAUCCUAUUCCAAGUGUGGAAAAGAAAGACACACCAACCGCACAGUUGCCUUUCCAGUUGGGCUCUACUACUACCAGUGCUCCGAGUCCACCCCAAAACAAGUUUGUGUUCUCGGGAGCAGGCCUGAAACCCGCAGUCAAUUUGUUUAGUAAACCGGCUUCACCGCCGUCUACUGUCACUUUGUCGUUCGCAUCUCCCGUUCAGAGUCAGACCACGACGCCUGCACCGUCUCUCUUCCAAAAACCGGAACAAACUGGCACCCCAGCUAUGUCAUUAUUCCAGAAGAGUGAUCCAAGCACAAAUUCUGCCCUCUCUAUGUUCCAAAAGCCAGCAGCUACGACAACGGCCGCCGCGCCAUCUGUCGCUAGCACGGCCCCAGUAUUCAGUUUUGGUACCGGCAAUAAGCCAGCAUCUACUUUCAGUUUUGGAAGUACUCAACCAGCUAAUGUGAAUGAGCCAGCAGCAAAUAAUUCGUUCAAAUUUUUCGGGUCGACACCAGACAAAAACACUAGCUCCAACAAGUUCAACUUAGGUGGAGUAACGACUCUCGGUGCCAGCAAUUCUUUGACAUCUGGAAAUAUUUUGGGCCAUGGCAAUGGGUUAUCGUCAGGAAAUACUUUGGGAACUUCAAGUUUACCAGGAGCGAACCUUAAUAGCGGAAAUAAUGAAAUACCGGUUCACAAUAAUCAAAAUGAUUUGAAGCCGGCGAAUAGCAUACAAUCUCCAACAUCAAAUAUAUUCGGGGCGCCCGCUCAAAAGGAGAAUAUAUGGUCGCAGUCUAGCAACGCGUCGAAUAAUUUAUUCAAUGCCAACACUGCGAAUAGUUUACAGAAGCCAGGAGCGUUUACAUUCGGUGCGUCGAGCACGCCUUUCGGUGCGCAGGCGAAUAAUCCCACGCCUGCGAGCACGCCGUUCGGUGCGCAGCCGAGUAACCCUGCGCCGGCACCAGUGUUCGGCAGUAACGCGCAGCCAAACUUAUUCGGGAUGGGAAAUCAGAAUGCGAAUAGUACGCGAUCUUUGUUCGGCACUUCGAGUUCGGCUCCAAGUCAGCCGAAUUUAUUCGGGGCGCCGCAGCCGACGAGCACGCCGAAUGCGAUGGGAAUGUUCGGCUCUCCGUCGACGGGUGCGGCCAACACUUUCGGCGCGCCGAGCCAGACGUUGCCGUCGUUUGACUCGUCGGCGAUCACGCCGUCUCCCGCGCCCGCGUUCAACUUCGGAGCGCCGCCGUCACAAUCGCCAGUCGUCUUCGGGUUUGGCCAGCAACAACAACAACAGCAACCACAGCAGCCUCCAGUGUACAGUUUCGGCGCGUCACCAAAUGCCCCCCAACUGGGCAUGGGGGCUGGCCCACAAGUGCAGUUCAACAUGGGCUCAGCGCCCCCCAAUAGUUCAACACCCCCCGCCAUGCGCCGCGUCCGCAAAGCAGUCCGCAGGAACACCCCCCGAUGAACGCGCCGCAACCUACGACCGAUACUGUAAGUCCUACUCUUAGAUGAAUUUAUAGUCAGAAGACGCGCAUGACAAACGAGAUUAACCCGCUAUUUAUCAUCCUAUCUCACAUUGUUAACAAAUAUUACAUUAAAGUUAUAUACCGAGAUAGGAUGCUUGUUGUUUCAUUUUUUACUUGUAAAUAAAUAAAAGCGUCGCUCGUGUCAUACAUGUCUUCGUGCGACAAAUAACAUGUAAACCAGCAAGGAUGCAUGCGCGCGUGCAUCCUUGUUGGUGGGAAUAUGUUAAGAUUUAGUAUAAUUUGUUAGAUGUAUAAAAUCAUUGAAUGGAUAAACUUGUGUCUUUUGUCUCCGAGUAAGACGGGACAAUGAAUUUUCAAUGGGUAAAUUUGCCGCAAAUAUUUGUUAUACCAUAAAAUUUAUAUUAGACAGUGGUAUUAAAUUGAGAUGAAACUGAAACUCCACGAGAAUUCGCAGUGUAGUCUUGCUCUUUGCGUUAUAUUUGUGUUGAUGCAUGGUCAAAUUGUACUAACUUUGUAAAAUUAAUACUAUGUGAUUUUUAGCAUACAAUUAUUUUUAUCUGUUAUUUAAUUUUGUUUAUAUGUGGCGAGAUGAGAGCUAGACGAUUUUGAUGAAAGAAAUUUUUAUUUGUGAAUGUGAUUGUAAAAUGAAUACAAUUCAACAGUACUAAUUUAAGUGACUAUUUCUACUACAUACAUAUUUUUAUAGGUUUUUUUUUUAUUUUGGACCGACAAGGAUUUGUCCUUCAUUUGUUUGAUCAACCGGCUGUUUGAAAAGGGAAGGGUGGGAAUCAAAGUUGAGGAGAAUAUAUCAGAAGAAAACAUAUUAUUACCUGGUAUAUUUUUUAUCUGAACAUUUAUAAUGUUUGGACUCCCCUUUUACAUUAAAUUACAUAAAUUAAACAAUUUAAUGCCGCAGUAUACAUUUUUGCAAAUUAUGUGACGAAUAAAAUUUAUCAUGAUAUUACAACAGUUGGACUUUACAGCAUGCAUAAUAUUAGAUACAUAGAUUUUACAAACGACAUAAAACUGUUCUAUAACCUCUGUUCUACUUUACUCACGUUAAAUUAAAAGAAAAUGUAUUGUUAAUAGAUAAAAUUGUAUAAACAAUCAGUAGAGCAGGGUAUUGCAUAUCUUUAUUUUAUAAUUUGAAUGUUGUUUUAUAUAUAUAUAUAUAUAUAUAUAAAUAAAUAUAAUUGGAAACCAUUAAACUAUGAAUUAAUACAGAAGCAAUAAUACCGUCAUUCCUAAUAGUUUUUUGUAUAUAUGUCGUGAGAGCUGGCCUUUCAGUAAUUAUAAUGAAAGCACUACGUAUUUGGUUUGGACAUAACAAACAUGCAAUUAUCCAUUAUAUUUUUUUGUGUUUUUGUCGUGGGAUAAUCCACUUAGUUAUUCAUGGAAUAAUAUAUUUUACUUCAAAAUUGCAAAUUCUAGCUGCAUUAAAUUUCCAAUCUAAUCCAGAUCAUGAGGGUCUGAAUCAGAUAACUUGAAAACAAACCGACCCCUUCAUUGUAUGUUUUAAGACAUGUUGUAACGUAAUUUGCAUUGUAUAUUGAACCAGUGUUCCCUGUCAGUUUAAAUUAUAAAGAAUUCAGAUUGAUUGCUUCUUAUAAAUUUAUUAUACAAACAAAUAGUCCUAUAUGGUACGAGUCAAAAGAUGUGAUAAAAAAUGUGGAAAGUUAAGUGAAAUUCUUAAUCGCCGUCAUAGCCAUGGAAAAGAUGUCGAUCUCGUUUAUAUUGCUAGUAGUCGCUGAGCCCACUGAAAAAUUACCCGUGGGCCAAUGCCCAAUAAAAUGAUUUGUGCCGGAUCUUAGAAAUACGUUAUGAAAUACGUUUGCAUGAUUAAAUACUUUUGACGACUAUGGGUAAUCUUGCAGUGGUGCCAAAAACCAUCCCGUGUGUUGACAUUGAAAAAAUUUAGUGUAAUAUCCAAAAGAUACCUUCUUAUUCACGUAAAUGUUGAGACACCCAAAAUGCUUAUUAUUUUCGGAAGUUUGAGAUGUAGCUGUACAAUCAAAAUUUACUCUUGAAUUAAUAGUUUUUCAUUUGUUGUGUCUGUAUGUUAAUUAUGAAGUGGCAUAAAUUCACCAGUGGCACCUACAUAGCACAUAACACCCGCAAAUAUAAUACCUUUCAAACAAGUUAAAAAUUUUUCCUUUUUAUAAUAUUAGUAUAGAUUAUAGCUAAUUUGUAACUAGCGACGUCAGUCGGCGUCGCGCUUUUUCCUAAGUAGAUAAUAAUGAUAUAUAAAUACAUAUGUAAAUAAAAUUUAUAAAUUGAUUUGAUAGUUUAUUUAAUUUGAUUCAAUUCUAACUAUACUAAUAUUAUAAAGAGGUAUAGUUUGUACCUUUGUAUCUAAGGGCUAAUCUUCGAAAAAACCAACAAUUGCUACAUCAUAAAAAAGGUACAUUAUCUCCGGGUGUUAUAGGUUAUGUAUGUACCAGUACCACGGGCGGAGCUGUGGCGGGCUGCUAGUAAUUUGAUGAUCGUGCGAAUAACUACUUCCAAAGGCUUGAUUUGAAAUCUCACGAUGACGUCAUUAAUAAAUAACAGUACUCUUACAAUACUCUAAUUAAAUUUAACCCUAGAAGAAAAAAAAAUAAUUGACAUGUGUGAGCAGCUGGUGUUACGAAGGUUUAUUGAAUGCCCCUUUUCUUUGAUUAAAUAAUGAACAACUUGUUUUGGUUCUUCCGAGGCUGAAAUUACAUUGAUUUAUGUAAUGACGUAGUGAAUUCACAAUUUGCCGGUAUACAUUUCCCCUAUUUCCUGUGAUUACGUAAUUUUAAACCACUUGCAAACACCGCUGUGCUAUUAAUUUGCAUUGUGCGCAUGUAAACUUCAAAUACAGUACUUGAAUUGUAAAGAAAAUGGUCAAUUUGUUGAUUGUUCUGCGUGUGAAAAGCGGGAUGGUUAUCGUCAUAAGAGUUUAAUUUUUAUUUUUUACUUCUUAUUUUAGUAAUAAAUAGGCGUACACAAAUAACGAUGAAAUGAUCAGCAAAACAUUGUAUCAGGCAUGCCAAAAUGGCGCAUAGCGCACUUUUAUAAGAUUGUGAUGAAUGUUAGUGGCCAAAGAUAGAGAAAUAGGAUAUUCAUUUUAUCUCUACCAAUAAAGAUUAAUCAAUUCACUUUACUCACAAUAUUAAUACUCUAUGAUAAAGUUAAGGUGCAUUUGCUAAUAUUAAAAUAGAAAAAUAAAUGGUUUGGAAUUUCUAAUAUAGCUAGGGUUAUGAAAAAAAUAUAUACUAUAUGUCAUACAUAGUCAUUCAAAUUGAAGAGGUUAUUAGAAAUUUCAGUCUAAUAGGUAGAUUAGUGCUCAGGAGGUCGUGUCUCUCUGCACCACAUGUUAUUGUAUUAUAUUACUCUGUCAGAGUUGAAAAUUGUUCACGUAUUACAACCCUACUUCGCAGUGUGUUCCAAAUAGGUGGGCCCGUAUUAUAAUAUAAGUAUUUGUAGUUAGAGAAUUUUGGGACUUUUAAAACUACUUAUUUCUCUAUUUUUGUCACGAAUAUAAAAUAAUGUUAUAUUUAUUAUAUUUUUCCUAAAAUGGCUGCUACGAUUUUUUGCUUACCAUUGUAGUUGUUGAGUCUGUAUAUAAUUAAGUUAAAUAUGUAUGUAACAGCUUGUAAUGUGUAGGCGCAUUUGGAUGGUUACGAUUAUUUUUUUAGUAUUUCAAAGUUAAAUCAAAGGUUUCCAAAUGUGCGCUUCACAUAGUCAUUAUGUAAUGAAAAAUGUAUACAUAUUGUAGUAACUGUUCUGUCUUAUUGGGACAUUACAUAAAUGAGUAAUGGAUGCCUUGGGGAGCAAAACUAAAAUUGUAUACACAGUUGAGUGUCCUUGUAUGUAAUAUGUUGAUAAGUGAUGGAAAUUAAUAAAAUCGUUGAUAUAUUAAAGCCUUUAGCUUUGUUCCUCAAUUAAA